UUUGAGAAUUCUGUUUCUUUCAAAUUUCCCAGAAAUUCUUUUCCCUACUGUUUUCCUCGGAAAACCUCUUGUUUCAAUGGUGUAAAGUUUUCCUCGGAAAAAAUACACAGACUCGCCUGGAUGGAAUCCAGCAUCAUCCCGGAAGUUAUCUAUCCCACUAACAUGAAAAAACCAAGUCCAGUGAAGGCCACAAAAGCUCUCACAUCAGUUGGAAUGAAAGUUGCUGCUGCUAAGAGUUCAUUUUCUCAGUCCACUGCAAAAGGUGUCUCUUCAAAGUGCAAAGUGAAGAAGUUUGAUUUUAGAGAUCUUGAAUGGACAGAGAAAAUUUCAGAGUGUCCCGUAUACCAUCCAUCAAAGAUGGGGUUUAAGGACCCUUUAAUUUAUCUGCAAAAAAUUGCGCCGGAAGCUUCCAAAUAUGGAAUCUGCAAGAUUGUUUCUCCAAUACUUGCUUCUGUUCCAGCCAGCGUGGUACUAAAGAAAGAAAUUAGAAAUUUCAAGUUUGAAACUAAUAUUCAACCUCUUCGUCUUGCCAAAUGGAACAUGAAUGAGAAGGCCUCAUUCUUUAGAAGUGGAAGGAAAUAUACCUACAAUGACUUUGAGAGAAAGGCAAGAAAGGUGUCUGCUCGUCGAUUAUCUAAUUCUUCAUGUAAUCCUCCUGCAUACAUGGAAAAGGUGUUCUGGCAUGAAAUGGUCAAUGGACAGAAAGGAACAGUUGAGUAUGGAGUCAAUGUUGAUGGCAGUGCCUUUUCAUGUGAUCCUAAUGAUCAGCUUGGUAAAAGCAAAUGGAACUUGAAGCAUUUAUCACGACUUCCCAAUUCCAUUUUGCGUUUAGUUGAAAGAGUUAUACCGGGAAUAACGGACCCAAUGCUUUACAUCGGAAUGUUAUUUGGUAUGUUUGCGUGGCAUGUGGAAGAUCACUAUCUAUACAGCAUUAAUUAUCAUCACUCUGGUGCUCCCAAAACUUGGUAUGGCAUUCCUAGUGAUGCAGCUCUGCAGUUUGAGAGGGUAGUCCACGAUAACGUGUAUUCUCAAGAUAUCUUAUCAGCUAAUGGGGAAGAUGGUGCUUUUGAACUUCUACAGGAAAAAACCACCAUGUUUCCUCCAAGUAUCCUGCUACAACAUAAUGUACCUGUGUACAAGGCAGUGCAGAUGCCAGGGGAGUUUGUUGUAACCUUCCCCAGAGCAUAUCAUGCUGGAUUUAGCCAUGGCUUUAACUGUGGUGAGGCAGUAAAUUUUGCAACUGGUGAUUGGUUUCCAUUGGGGGCUCUGGCUAGUCAACGUUAUGCUCUUCUUAGAAAGACUCCAUUAAUACCAUAUGAGGAACUUCUCUGCAAUGAAGCAAUGUUUCUGAUCAACUCUUUAAAAAAAGAAAAUUCUGGUACUUUAUCUGCAGAUUUGACCUCUCAACGUUCUGUUAAAGUUCCUUUUGUUCGCCUCAUAGGACUGCAUAAGCAGGCUCUGCAGCACUUAAAAGUGUCCUCUACUUCUUCACAUGCUCAAGAAACUCAAGUAUGUGGCCACUGCAAGCGUGACUGUUACUUGGCAUAUAUCAUGUGCACCUGCUGCUACUCUGAUCCUAUCUGCCUUUUUCAUGAUAUUGAUUUGCUUAAUUGUUCGUGUGGGGAAAAAUGUACCAUUUUCUUGAGGGAGGACAUAUCAGCAAUGGAAGAUGCAGCUCAAAAAUUUGAGCAAGAAGAAGAAAUUUUGCUGGAGCUUCAAAAAGAAACCAAAUUUGGACAUGACAUGUUCCUGAAAUCAAGUAAAUAGUCUCGCAUUAAGGAUGGAUCCACUCCAUUUUGCGAAAGCAAUCAUCAACAUGAAGGAAGGAAUUCCAACAACAGAAAUGUAAGCUCUAUGGAAGAGGCAUCGACCAUGAAAAUGAAAGAAAUGGAAAUUGGCAAGCUCAAUGGGGGAAAAUCUAACAAGAGAAGGUUUAAGAGUCAUAGAAUGAGAGGGCCUUCACUAUCUAGGGAUUGCAAGAGGGUUAGAAGAGUGAGCUGAGCUAACCAAAAUAUAAUUCACUAGUGCCUCUGGAUUGUCUUCUAGAGUUUGACAUCACUAAGACACCAACUUCAUUACUAGAUUAGGAUCCUCUAGAGUUCUUAGGAUAACUCCAAUAUGGAAUUCCUAAUAACUCUAGAGGAUCUUAAUCCCUUCAUUACCUUGACUUUCUAACAAGAAAGAAUGCACAGAAGAAAUUUUUAGCAAUUACUGACUUUCUAACAAAGAAAAGAGAAUAGUUCAAUUGAGGUCCUGGCAUAAUCAGAUUCAAGUGGCUCUCAGCUUUCCUUAUCAUUCUUCCUUUUUUAUUAAAUGGUUAUAUCCAUUGAUAUCUGCAAGGUAUACAUGGUAGUUUAGAAGGCUCAAGGCACAAAUUUUGCAUUGCUCAAGAGUAGUUAGGAAUGCUUAAGUUUUGUAGUACUCAAUAGUGGUUAGAAAGGCUCAAAAUUUUGCACAAUCAAUCAAAUUCUGAGAAGAAGUUGUAUAUUACUGUUGUCUUUGACAUAU